UCGGGGGGGAAGCUGGGAUUUGAGUGGGCUGAGGCGAGCACGAUCACCCACCUUGUUUCGAAGACAACCAAUUUCUGUCCAGUAAAACCGCUGGCAAGACUUCUGAGGCACCCAUCCCAUCUGUUUUGGAAAGAGAAACACGCCAACAGCACUCCGUGGAUAUUUGGUCAAGGGAGGCUCAAAUCCCAGAAUUGGGCAUCCGUUGUCUGUCCAACAGUGUCGUCGGAGCUUCUUGACGCGGCCGAUCGGUUCGAUCAAGAAAGGCUAUGGCGGAACUGAUAGGUUGCGACGCGCUUACUCGAUAAUCUCAUGGUUGAGCUAGCAUCUCCGCCUCUGGAGACGUUGCGACAGCACGCUCUGAAGUAAACCCGG